ACGCCCUCUAACUAAGAGAGAGAGAGAGAAGCGUUCGUCUAGUUGUCAUCUUUUUGUGUACAUUUCUCCAGAGAACAGUCCGAAGAGCGAGUCGGCAAUGGCUCUACGAACCCUACUCACCAGAAAAACACUGACCGCAGCGCCUCUGGGCGUUCGCUGCCUCCAGACUGUCUCGCUCCCCGAUCUGCCCUACGAUUAUGGCGAUCUCGAGCCCGCCAUCAGCGCCGAGAUCAUGCAGCUACACCACCACAAACACCACCAGACUUACAUAACCAAUUAUAAUAAAGCACUGGAGCAGCUCGAUGGCGCCAUUGCCAAGGGAGAUGCAUCCACCGUUGUCAAGUUGCAGAGUGCCAUCAAGUUCAAUGGCGGAGGUCAUGUUAAUCACUCAAUUUUCUGGAAAAAUCUUGCUCCUGUCCGUCAAGGGGGUGGUGAACCUCCCAAAGGUUCUUUGGGUUGGGCGGUUGACAAUCACUUUGACUCCCUGGAAGCUCUAAUACAGAAAAUGAAUGCAGAAGGUGCUGCUUUGCAGGGAUCUGGAUGGGUGUGGCUUGGCCUGGACAAAGAAUUCAAGCGUCUGGUGGUAGAGACCACACCGAAUCAGGAUCCACUCGUUACUAAAGGACCAAAUUUGGUUCCUCUGCUUGGUAUUGAUGUCUGGGAGCAUGCAUACUAUUUGCAGUACAAGAAUGUGAGACCAGACUACCUGAAGAAUAUUUGGAAAGUCAUAAACUGGAAAUAUGCUAGUGAAGUUUAUGAUAGGGAAUGCCUUUGAUUGAACAAACAUGAGAAGUUGGAGUAAGUGUGGCCAGCUGUGUACUAGAAGUGUCUUAGAGGAAAUAAAUUUGUGUAGUGACAGAGGCAACACUUUUCAUAGUGGGCUAUUUACUGGUUGCUGUACACACUUAUACAUAAUGUUUUUGGGCUUGCUUGUCUGGAGGGCUGAGAAGCAUUAGUUGAUGCAAUGCACUGUGUUCGUUGGGGCUCA